AUGGGUGGUGAUGAUGAGGUAUGGCAAGCCUUUCAUCGUCCUGUAUGUGAAAAAAACACUGAAUGUUCAUCCCAUGCAAUGGAACCUGAAGCAGCAGUGCGCAUAUGGCAGAGGACUUCGUCAUACGAGACCCCACUGCGCUUCACAAGUUUCUUGAGUGAUGGGGACAGCAAAGCCUUUACUGCCGUCUGUGGGGCUGAGGUGUACGGUGACACUGUCAUCGAAAAAGAAGAGUGCACCAACCACGUCGCAAAACGCCUAGGCACUGCUCUGCGAAAAAUGACAACGCCACUGCCAAGAGGUGAAAAGCUAACAGUCGCAGCCAUCCAGAAACUGCAGACAUACUACCAUAUAGCCAUAACAAAUAACAAGGGCAGUGUGCGCAGCAUGUACACUGCUAUAUGGGCCUCCUAUUUUCAUUGUUGCUCCAGUGAUGGGGCCAGCAGCCACAAAUUUUGCCCUGCUGAACCAGAUUCCUGGUGCAAACAUAGGCGUGCUGAAGCACUGGGGGAGCCUACACCACGCCACACCCCCUUGUUGACAAAAGCUCAGGGCUUGGCAAUUAUGCCUAUAUAUAAGCGCCUUACUGAUGAGAAGCUCCUGGCUCGGUGCCUUCAUGGCAAGACGCAAAACGCAGCAGAGUCUCUCAACAGUAAGAUAUGGCUGCUGUGUCCAAAAACGAAAUUUGCUUCCCGGACAUCUGUGGAGACAGCCACGGCUAUUGCCGUGCUGUGGUACAAUAAAGGCCAUGCGGGCUUUGAAGAAGUGCUACAAGAGAUUGGAGUACUUCCCCCAGGAGAGUUGGUUACACAUAGCGACCAUUCUGAUGACAUUCGCAUAAAGAAAAUGAACUUGAAGCGAACCGCAGAAGCAAGGGCGCACCGUCGUAACGCAGUGAAAAGGGCUCGCACCGAGGAGACCAACCGUAGGAGCCGGGAAGGGCCAAGCUACAGUGCAGGAGCAUUCUAGAAACUUUUGUGUGCUUUCUGUGAAGCUGCUCUUGAGUGUGACAAAGAUUCAUGCAAAAACAAUUGGAUUUUGAAGAAUAGAAGGUUUUGAAACUUUCAAACCUGUUUUUCUCAUUUUCAAAUUUUUUGAUAUUUUCGUGUCUUCCGGGAAGCCUUUUGUACACUUAGAAUUGGUGUAUACUAACGAAAUUUGGCACACAUACUCUUGAAGGUAUGUAGAAUGCUGAUAUCUACUUGAAAUUUCAAUAUCAGUCGUCAGUAAUUACAACAGUACGAAGUUAUGUCUCAGGGAACUGAAAGAAACAAUGGCUGAAGUAUCAAAAUUUUUUUGUCCCACUUCCUAUAACUGAACACAUUUUUUGACUAGAUAUCGGCACUCUGUGAUCUACGAAGAACUAAAUAAGCUAUAGCAGAAUACCUUUUGUGAAAGUUUAGUUCAUAAAAAAGUGCCCGUAAAGAUCGCUAUAAUUUGUCAUUCAGUAUAAUAUAACUCGAGAACUAUAGCAGCUACACAAAAACUAAUUGCAUAUUUGAAAUCUGCAUAAAAAACUCUCCAGUUGGUUGAAUUUUGAAGUCUCUGGUACAAAUAAUAAAAAAAAAGUUGUUUCGAGGAG